GAGGGGGCGCACCUCUUUACUAUGCGUUGCGUUGCCUGGGCCCAUCCAUCAAUUCCUUUCUUCCAUCCCAGUUUCUUCAUAGUUUUUUUUUUUCCCUUCUUUUUUUAAAACAGGAAACACCCUCUCAACCGCGAGCCGUACGAGGAAGAAGAGGACGUGGCAUUGCUAAAUUACGUAGCUAAAAACCACAAAGACUUUGUUUCUUCAAGAAAAAAUGUUUACGCCAACAUGCACAAGAUAUUCAAAACAAGAACUGAGCAAGCACUGAGGUAUCGGAUUGAGUCCAUCCUGCUCCCCAAUAUCGGACAUUACAACAUAUCAGAUGACUCUAAAAAAAUCCUGGAAGGCAUAGGAACCAAACAUAAGCAAGAAAAUUUGGUAUUUGUGAAUACUGAGAGGAGGAGGAUAAAGAAUCAAGAAAGGGUGGUACCACAGAUAGUGGUGACAGACUCAGAGACAGAGGCGGAAGCAGAAGAGGACCCUCUGAUCUACUAUAAACGACUGCUCCGGGACGCCGCAGAAAGGGAGCGAAGGUGGAUCCAGGAAAACCUGGAUCUGCAAGAGGAGAUGAAGGCUGUGGUAGGAUAUGGAGAAGAUUUGAAAGAAGAAGUGGAAAGAUUGAGGAGGGAGAACGAAGAAUUGAGGGAGAAGAAUGGGAAAGAAGAAGUGGAAAGAUUGAGGAGGGAGAACGAAGAAUUGAGGAAGAAGAAUGGGAAAGAGGCAGAAGAGAGGGCAAGGGAAGAGUGGCCAAAACAACCUAAGUAGCUCGACGUUUAAAUUUGUGUUCGAUAGUUUGAGAAAUGUUUAUGGUGGUCUGUUAAGUCAAGAAUAGAAAACAAAUGUUUUAAAUUCCCCCAACAAAUGUCUCUACUAAAACUAUGAAACGUCCAAAUAAACAAGUAGCAGGGAAUUACAAAAAAAAAUAAAAAAUUCUUCAUUGAUAAAUUUUUGAUACAUUUGAGAAAUCAAAACAUUUUGUUGUUGUUUUGGGUAUCUAUUGGGAGGGGAGGGGGGUUUCUUUAAUCAGUAUUUCUCUAGAUGCAAGAAUGUCUUUCUAGUGUUAAAGAGGCAAAGCUAUUUUCAUCUGAGCAACUGUGUUGCUUCAGAUUAUUUUUUUUUUAAUACUUAUAAGGCUGACUGCUAAAGAAAAACUGACAACUCUGAAGUAAAUAGAAGUAUUACUAGUUCAACUUAUGGUUGUUGCAGCAGAAUCAAACUCAUAAUGUAAGGCAAGAAUUGUGUACAUAAAGACGUGAAGAUAUAAAUCAUGACACACCUUUUUCACAUUCAUAAUAUUAUUUUGAUUUUAUAAUACUCCUUGUUUUUUCUCAUGACUUCAUCCCAUAUCUUUUGUAAAUAGCAUUAUCUAUCAUCAAAGCACUUUUGAAUAGCUGUAACUGUAGCAAUACGAAUCUUUAUAUCCUUAUAUUUUAAUAAUAUAAUGAUUCCUACAUAAAGGGGGACUGCAACCUAGAUAUCAAAUGUGUGAAAUCAACAAACCAAAAUUGAACUUUUCAUUCAACUUGUUAAAAUUAAAUCAAAAUAAAUGUUAGAAAUAUGUUUAAUAAAUGUCUCAGUGUCUUUGAUUUAGUAAUAUGUAUGGAUAUUUGGAUCGCUGUUUGUUGUACUCUGAACUGCUUUUUCUUUCAUUGUGUAAACGGCUGAAAAGACAUGAAAUGACUCGAUGUAUUAUUUUAAAUAAUCUAGCCCCUUUGAUGUGGUAUUGUUAUUUUGUUUGUUGUUGACUUUUGUACAUAGAGAAGAGAAGAAAACAAA